UUAGCUCUGAACUUUUGCACCCGUCAUCGUGGGGUUGGAGCUAGUGUUUAGUUUGUAGAUGGCGCUAGACCACGCCUUCGACAGGCCUCUCUCAGGCUCCUCCUGAGUAGAUAGGCAAGUGUGCCACUGCGUAUGUUGGCCAAAGUCCACGGUCAAGAUGGCACCUGCAUAGCAUUGGCCGAAGUUAUAAUACCAGUUGGCAAACUCUGGAUUGUUCAGUCGCCUCACUGACGCAUCGGCAUUUGUCGUUACGUAUUGGAGGGCAGGCAGCGCCAUGAUCGCAAGCUGCAGCGCCAAAUGAUUUGCGCCAGGGUGUUGCUGCAUGUACUCCUGACUAGAAUAGGGAGCUAAGAUACUGGCGCGUCUCCGCUCUACGCGUUGAGACUGUCGAGACCAAAGACCAACAACAUGAUGGCAGAGCCUGCGAGUAUAAUCAGCGGAGAGACGCGUCGAUGUUCUCAGGAGCAUUGGGCUCAUGGUCGGUUGUGAGGAGGCUGGCGAUGAACGCCAGCUACGUGUCAUGACUUGCACCACAGCAUCUUCAUUGUGUGGUCCGUGGUACUCAUGUGAGACAACAAGCUGCAUUCGGCCAAGUUAUGCGGCCCAAUCUGGCGACAACAUUCCAAUAUCGUAUGGUAAUUCCGAAUCCGCGCAGCGAGAUGCUACCUUCGCAGAUCUCUGUGACCCAGACGAGAGCCCUCUUGCGAGCGCCUCUGACCCCAACGAGGCGACGCACCGCCCCAGUGCUGCAAGGGCGUUGCAUUGUCAACUCUCUUGUUGGAGAAGGACCGUGACUUUCGGGCGUCACAAAUCCCGCGGUGGCUUGGCAUGUGGCAUUGGUGCAGAUCGACAAAACUUGCAGCCCAGCACCACCCUGAGCCCCGAGGGGCCAGAAGUGUGUCGAGGCCGACAAGUUGGAGGGUGUGGCGGUAAAAGGAGGUUCGCCAAGGGGACGACUACUGGACCCAACCCGAUGAUGCGCAUCAUGGAGUGCCCCUUUUUAUCGUCUUGCCAUGGCCAGACAGCAUGCCGCGACACGGCCGAUAUUCCAAAUUUCCAAUUGAUCACUGAUCACGCGGGUGGGGGUCGAAAAACUCUGUUGUCGAGAGCGCGAUAGCGUCAUGAGGGGUUCCCAGC